CUCUCUUAUUCCCUCAGUCUUCUCCCUUUGUCCAUCUGUGUUCUUCGGACAGUGCAGAAGCUAGUGUUUGACCUCCUUCAAAACAACAGACUUGACAGAUGGAGAACCAUGAGCCUGGAACAGAAAAUAACACCUCCGAUGAAAAUCUAGACCAUCUGGCGAAAGAUAUUGAAUCCACGUUAAAGUUCGUUAAGAGUUCAAAGCGUCCCGCUGUGCAACACUGUAUAAUCCGCUCUGUAAACCCUUUGCUCCGUCGAGUAAAUGAAGCAGCCUACCGACCCCUAUUCGUCAUAAUCGGCCCCCUUCGUUGUUACACUUCUCUGUUAGAGCCCAUGGAAUUGCAGAAGCGAAUAUAUCUAGCCUCCUUCCUCCAACGACCUGGGGUCGGUGCUAGCUUGAACGAGUUUUGCAAACUGAUCACAGCCUCCGCACCCGAAAUCCGAAGCCGAUACGAAGAAACAUAUUACCGGAGAUGCGAUUUUAAGGCACACCAAAUCCAACAGAACAUACCGCCGAGUGACGACAACCUCCAGUGGUUCAUAGAGAUGGUUUUAGCGGAUGCAGCCUUCAUUAUUGAACUCUUCUUGAGAAUCUAUCACAAGGAAGGUCAGCCGGAAUCGGAAAUCGAUUUCGUCUUCGAUAGCCCCGGGAAGAUAUAUGAUAUCAGACGAGACUUGUUCUUGGCUCACAAUCAACUUCCCUUGUUUGUUCUUAAACAAAUAUAUGAUCUUGCCUUUGGUAAUAAUCCCGAUCAUCACCCUUCGUUUAUUCAUCUCAGCUGCAAUUUCUUCUACCAGUACUUCAACCAAAACAUAUCCAUCCAUGAUUUGUUUCAACCAAACCAACCUCAUGUUGAUUUUAUAGCCAAGCUGGAGGGUGCUAAGCAUUUUACUGAUUUGCUUAGAACACUUCAGCUACAACAUUCAUUUCAAAACCCUGGAAGCAAUAGUAAAUCCUUUAGCUGUAAACCAAUGUUCAAAUGUUCUUCAUUGUUUCCAUCGGGCCAAAAGACAGAAGAAAAUUCAGAUCUGGAGUCGGGUCGAGUCCAGGGUAAAUAUUUAUACAGUGCAACUCUACUGCGUGAAGCGGGUGUGAAGUUCAGAGUGAGCUCAAGCAGGUGCUUGCUGGACAUAAAAUUUAACAAAACUAAUGGUGAGCUCAGUAUUCCUCCACUGAAAUUGGAUGAAUCAACGGAACCAUUUUUCCGAAACAUCAUGGGGUGGGAGCAGAGCUACUAUCCGGAAGAAACCCACGUCUGUGACUAUGUUUUUCUAAUGGAAUAUCUCAUAAAAUCUAGUGAUGACGUGGACUUACUUGUUCGGAAAAGGAUUAUCAUCAACCAGUUGGGGAGUCACACGGCCGUGGUGACUUUGUUCAACGACCUCUGCAAACAUAUUCCCCCGACGGAGAAUAAUCGUUACUCGGAGACUUUUAGGGACCUCAAUGCUUACAACUCGGUUCGACGUCAUGGUUGGAUGGCAAAGCUCAGACUACUCUACUUUUCAUCUUUGUGGAAAAGUGUCGCUACGCUUGCUGCUACUGCGCUCCUUUUGCUCACUCUGACACAAACCAUAUGUGCUCUCAUCUCCCUUUAGUCUAUAUCAUAUGUUCUGUGUGUAAUCAUUUCCAUGUGAUUUGAAUUUGAGCCAGAUUCUC